UACGCUGCUGCUCCAGCACCCAUGGGAAAGCUCAUCCUCCAGGUCCCUGGGGAGUGUCUUUAAACGUUUAGGCUCUCUUUGUGGUUCUGAAGCACAAGCUGUUUUCCCAGGUUUGGUGGUCCUCAGACGUCCACAACGCAGAUGGCAAAGCGAGGAGGGGGACGGCUCUGCCGGGAACAGGGAGGGACCUCCGGGGAAGCGAAACUGAAACUUUGCGGCCCGGGGCGGCGGGGCGGGAAGCGCCUCUGCCAGUCCAGGCCCAGCCCGACGUCGAGAGCCAUGGCUUCCAGCUCCUGCCCGCCGUCCCCGCUCUUCGUGCGGGUGUCGGAGUCCAGCCGCCGGGCGCAAUGGAAACUGGAAAACUACUUCCAGAGCCGGCAGUCGGGCGGCGGGGAGUGCACGGUCCAGCUCCUCGGCCCCAGCGUCCCGGGCAAGACCCUAGGCACCUACCAGGUGGAGUUCAGAGACAGGGAAGCUAAGCAGAGAGUGCUGGAAAAAAAAGAGCAUCAGAUUUUCCUUGACAGCAAACCUGUGACCGUUUUCCUGGAAUCCACUGAAAAUCCGAUAGAGAAGAACAUGAGCCUCCCCGUUUCUUCCACACAGUCCACAGCAGAGGCACCGUCUGGUAAGAAGCAUUCAAAUGCUUUGGAAGGACACAUGCCAAAUGCUCCGGAUUCCUGUGUCCAAAAGAUCUUUCUUACUGUAACAGCUGACCUGAACUGUGACCUGUUCUCCAAGGAGCAGAGGGCACAUGUAACCUCCAUCUGCCCCAAUGUCAAAAAAAUGGAGGGUCGUGAUGGAAUUGAGAAGGUGUGUGGUGACUUCAAAGAAAUUGAAGAAAUACAUAAUUUCUUGAGUCAGCAGCUCCUGGAAAGUGAGCGGAAACAUGCACCUUUGCCUUCAGCAACAGAGAGGACGCCGCCCAGUCAGGAGGACAGGAACAGCAACAUUUCUCCUUCUGAACCAAAAACCAGGUCAGAAGAAAAAAACAGCCAUUUUGAAGUCCCCUUGCCUUUCUUUGAAUACUUCAACUAUAUCUGUCCUGAUAAAAUACACUCGAUAGAGAAAAAAUUUGGCAUACACAUCAAAAGUCAAAUCAAGUCUCCAAAUACGGUCUUCUUAGACUUCAUCUCCAGUCAGUCAGACAACCUCGAAGCAGCUCGUGGGUCUUUUGUCAGUGAGUUUCAGAAGAACACAGAACGUCUGAGACAGGAAUGUGUACCGCUAGCAGACAGUAAGCAGGCAAAUAAAACCAAACAGGAACUGAAUCGCCGAUUUACAAAGCUCCUUAUAAAGGAGAAUGGAAGAGAAUUGAUCCUCCUUGGGACCCAAGAUGACAUUUCAGUGGCUAAGCAAAAAAUCUCUGAAAGUUUUGUUAAGACACCUGUGAAAAUACUAGCUCCCAAUUUCAAGAUGAAUGGAAUUGAGGUUGAUACUGCUCGCUAUAAGCUUUUUGAAGCUGAAUUACACCAGGAGAUAUCAGAGAUAGAUAGAAAGUACAACACUCACAGUAAGGUUUUGGAAAAAAGCCAGAAAACUUGCAUUCUAUUUGAACCUAAGGACAAGGAAGUAGAUCUAUCUGUACACGCUUAUGCAAAUUGCAUCGAUGCCAUUCAACAUGCCUUCUGUCAGUUGGAGAGAGAAGUUCUUCCACUGAAAUUUUUAGGCAAAGAGAGAAAACACUUACGUGGGAAUAAGUUUGCUGAUGAUUUUAAAAAAAACCAUCCAAAUAUACUCUUUGCACUCACUCAAGAGUCAAUGACUCUGACUGGUUUGGCAGAUCACAUUGCAAAGGCAAAGCAGUAUGUCUUAAAAAGAUGGGGAACAUCUCCAUUGUCUGCAGAGAAACAGAAUGAGGAUCAUGAGAUGCCCAUGGACAUUGAUAGUAAUGACUCAAAUGCAGCAUCACCUCCACUCAAGGGCUCGGCCCAUGCUGAGGCCUCCGAAGUGGACAAGAAGGAAAAGGACGCUUGUGCCAUCUGUAUGGACACCAUUAGUAACAAACGCAUCCUGCCGAAGUGCAAGCAUGAAUUCUGCACCUCUUGUAUCGACAAAGCCAUGGCAUACAAGCCGGUCUGCCCUAUGUGUCAGACUGUCUAUGGUGUCCAGAAAGGGAAUCAGCCGGAAGGAAACAUGAUUACUAGUACUACGAGAAGUUCACUUCCAGGUUAUGAAUCCUGUGGCACUAUUGUGAUUCGUUAUGAUAUGAAAGGAGGUGUACAAACACAAGAGCACCCAAACCCAGGAAAAAAGUAUUUGGGAACACAUCGAACUGCAUACCUGCCAGAUAACAAGGAAGGAAGAGAGGUGUUGGAACUGCUCCAUAGGGCUUUUGCCCAAAAGUUGAUUUUCACGGUGGGAGACUCUCGAGUAUCAGGAAUGUCAGAUGUCAUUACAUGGAAUGAUAUCCACCACAAAACGGCUAUAUUUGGAGGACCAGAAAAUUAUGGCUACCCUGAUCCUCUUUACCUGGAACGUGUCAAAAAGGAGCUGAAGGCUAAAGGAAUCGAGUAAGGAAACUGCUGGAGGAGGCCUUAACCCAAGUUUUCCAAAGAUGUAUUUUAGAGGUUGAGUUAAUGCUCUAAAUUCUUAUGUAGAAAUGCCUUUUAAAUUUUUUCAUCUCGAGAAAUGGUUUGUGUAAGAGUAAGAAUCUGCUAGUAUGUCAUUUCCAAAGUGAUACUUUCUAGGGAAGACAAAAGCCCCAAACAUCUGUGUAGCUGUCCUGCAGAAGAAGUACCACAUCUCAGUCUUGUGCCAUUGUUGAUGUUAGAGUGGGUCUGAAGUCAUUUUCUAUGUUUUUCAAAUGGAAUAAUAGCUCCGGUUGAUCCUUU